CUUGAUUCUGAAUACACUGUGUUUCAGGCUGCCUGGAACCUGAAAACACGAGCUUUGACAGAAAUGGUGUAUGUGGAUGAAAUUGAUAUGGAUCAAGAAGGAAUUGCAGAGAUGAUCCUGGAUGAAAAUGCCAUUGCUCAAGUUGCACGACCGGGAACAUCUUUGAAACUUCCUGGAACUAGCCAAGGUGGAGGCCCCAGUCCAGCUGUUAGGCCAGUAACUCAAUCAGGAAGACCUAUUACAGGAUUUGUGAGACCCAGCACACAAAGUGGACGGCCAAGUACCAUGGAGCAGGCGAUAAGAACGCCUCGAACAGCACUCACAGCUCGUCCAAUCACUAGUGCUUCCGGAGGAUUUGUCAGGCUGGGCACGGCUUCAAUGCUAACAAAUCCAGAUGGCCCUUUCAUAAAUCUGUCUCGACUGAAUUUAACAAAAUAUGCUCAGAAACCCAAACUGGCAAAGGCAUUGUUUGAAUAUAUCUUCCACCAUGAAAAUGAUGUAAAAAAUGCUCUAGAUUUGGCAGCCCUUGCCACUGAGCACGCACAAUUCAAGGACUGGUGGUGGAAAGUCCAAAUUGGAAAGUGCUACUAUAGGUUGGGAUUAUAUCGUGAAGCCGAAAAACAGUUUAAGUCAGCCCUUAAGCAGCAGGACAUGGUUGAUACGUUCUUGUAUUUGGCAAAAGUGUAUUUGCGUUUGGAUCAGCCUGUAACAGCUUUGAACCUUUUCAAGCAAGGGUUAGAGCGAUUUCCUGGAGAAGUGACUCUUAUUUGUGGAAUUGCCAGAAUCUACGAGGAAAUGAACAAUAUCUCCACAGCUGCAGAGUACUAUAAAGAUGUCUUAAAACAAGACAAUACUCACGUGGAAGCCAUUGCAUGCAUUGGCAGCAACCAUUUUUAUUCAGACCAACCUGAGAUAGCUCUGCGGUUUUACAGACGGCUCCUGCAGAUGGGUGUUUAUAACUGCCAGCUCUUUAACAAUCUGGGCCUCUGUUGCUUCUAUGCCCAGCAAUAUGAUAUGACACUAUCUUCAUUUGAACGGGCACUGUUUUUGGCUGAAAAUGAGGAGGAGACAGCAGAUGUGUGGUACAACCUGGGACACGUGGCUGUGGGCAUAGGAGACCUGAAUCUGGCUUACCAGUGUUUCAAGCUAACAUUAGUCAACAAUAAUGACUAUGCAGAAGCUUACAACAACUUGGCCGUGCUGGAAAUGCGAAAAGGUCACACUGAACAGGCAAGAGCUUUGCUGCAGACUGCUUCAUCUUUAGCCCCUCACAUGUAUGAGCCCCAUUUCAAUGUUGCCAUACUCUCAGAGAAGGUUGGAGAUCUUCAGAGAAGUUACACAGCAGCUCAGAAGUCUGAAGAAGCAUUUCCAGGCCAUGUUGAUACACAGCAGCUCAUCAAACAGUUAAAAGAGCACUUUGCUAUGCUCUGAUGAGCAAAUUUUUUAUUAUGUAAGAAGUUAACCAGAGCAAAUGUCCCAUACACAUUUUGAAAAACCAGCUCAAAGUAGAUGAACUAUACUUAAUGCAUUCCUGUGGAAAAGCUUGUGUUACAUUGAGUAUUCAAAUGUAGCUAGAAAACUUUGCAACUAUGUACACAAGAGAUUACAGAAAAGGGUUUUUUUCUGA